AGCCACUGCAGGUGAUGCCGGCGGCGUAGAAAGGCCCUCGGCCUUCAUCUCAAGGUCUGCACGCGCCGGGGCAUCAGGCCGGGUUUCUGGGAGCCCCACCUGGUCUGAGGCCGCGCUCUUCCCGUCGCCCGGUGUGCAGGGACCCCAGUGCCAGAGACCUUCUCCCACUUCUGCAGAUGGGCAGCCUGCCAUGAGGAGGUGGGCCAGCUGAGCGCAUCAGGACACCAGGAUUUGGCCAGAAGACGAUUCCUCUCCUCUCAUCAGGACUUGUCAGAGAUUGCUCUGCCAUGACCACAGCUCGGUGCCGGCCCACCUGGGACCUGGCCCUGGACCCGCUGCUGUCCUGCAAGCUGUGUCUCGGGGAGUACCCGGCGGAGCAGAUGACGACCAUUGCCCAGUGCCAGUGCAUCUUCUGUACCCUGUGCCUGAAACAGUACGUGGAGCUCUUGAUCAAAGAAGGAUUAGAAACUGCCAUUAGCUGCCCUGAUGCUGCCUGCCCCAAACAGGGCCACCUGCAGGAGAACGAGAUUGAGUGCAUGGUUGCAGCUGAAAUCAUGCAAAGAUACAAAAAACUGCAAUUUGAAAGAGAGGUGCUCCUGGACCCCUGUCGGACUUGGUGCCCAGUAUCCACGUGCCAGGCUGUGUGCCAGGUGCAGGAGAUGGGGCUACAGACUCCUCAGCUGGUGCAGUGCAAAGCCUGCGACACGGAAUUCUGCUCCGCCUGCAAAGCCAGCUGGCACCCUGGCCAGGGCUGCCCGGAGACCAUGCCCAUCACCUUCCUUCCCGGGGAGACCAGCAGCUCCGCUUUCAAACUGGAGGAGGACGACGCGCCCAUCAAACGCUGCCCCAAGUGCAAGGUCUACAUCGAGCGUGACGAAGGAUGUGCACAGAUGAUGUGUAAGAACUGCAAGCAUGCCUUCUGCUGGUACUGCCUCGAGUCCCUGGAUGAUGACUUCCUCCUGAUACAUUACGACAAGGGGCCCUGCAGGAACAAGCUGGGCCACUCCAGGGCGUCUGUCAUCUGGCAUCGGACACAGGUUGUGGGCAUUUUUGCUGGAUUUGGGCUCCUGCUCUUGGUGGCCUCGCCUUUCCUGCUCCUGGCCACUCCAUUUGUACUUUGCUGCAAGUGCAAGUGCAGUAAAGGUGACGACGACCCACUCCCCACCUAGAGGAAGGCGUGAUGCUGGAACAAGACCCCCGCCUCCGCGAAGCGUGGUUCUCCCCCACCCCACCCCGCCGUCCCCCUCUCACUAAACAUCUUUCUUGCCUUAUGUGCCCCAUUGAGCUUCACAGUGUCACGCCGGAUGCCGUGAUGUCAGGGACUGAUGUCAGAUCGUUGGCCGAGGCCCCAGGUGCAGUCACCCCGGCGUGGGGGAGGCAAGGCUGGCGAGGGUGGGGCACGUCCUGCAGACUUGGCCAGGGAGGUGCUGUCCAGAGCACCGGGCGGUUUUCUCCGUGUGAUGAUAGACUAGAAACGUCCGAUGUUGCUGAGGAGACCUGCUCACGCUGAAUGUUGUCGGUCUCCUCCUUGGCUUCGAGCUGGCGUCACGUUGCUGAGAGAAGAGGUCUUUUAAGGAUCGCAUCUCGCUUCAGACAGAAUCUGAACGUUCUGACUUGAGAAAAGCACUCUGUUUAUGACAACUCUUUUUAUUACUAAUGGCACUUAGUAGAAUCCUUUUUAGAAAGCGUUUUUUUCUUUCCAACUGAGUAGUGAAAAAUCAACAAGGUGCAUCGAAACCAUCCAAUGCCUUUUCUUGAAAUGUGUGUUUUAAGAAGUUAUGCUUAAAUGACCUUUCUGGCUUGGUCACUUUUCAGGAGAUUUAGGAAAGCCUUAUGUGCUCUUCGUGUUUUUAUUGAAACUUGUGGAGACUUUUGGAUGCCGUAAGCUGUGUACUGUUAUCGACGCGUUUCCUGUACCGUUGCAUUUCUUGGCAAAUCCUGAUGCAUUUGAGGGAACAUCUCCAUCUUUAGGUUUGCCUUUUGUUUUUCUCUCAUGGUGAUUCAGCUCAGCUCAUAGGCUUCCUCUCUUUUCACCCAAGUAUCAGCAAAUAUUUUUUCAUGUCUUCAGAAACCAAACGUUGUGCUUGGAAGUAGUUCUGCCAGGAAUCCCUGUGGUUUGGCUGUGGCCUCAGUCUCCUCAAGCAGACAAAACCAAGUGAAUAGUGACAUUGAUGCCCAGAAGCAGGGCCUCCUGUCAGGGCUGGGGGCUCCCAGGAUCUGGGGUGGGGGAAGCUUCUGGAUGUUCACAGUUUUUGUGAUGACUAAGUUAAUUUGGAGAAAUCAUCUCUCUUACACGGUUCCAAAUCCUGUUGCUUACCAUUUUGCCCCUGCUGAAAAAAUCUUCCAUUUCAUUUAGUUAUUUUGAUUGGGGGAUUUUACCACUUGGUCUUUUACAGGCUGUGUGUGGCUGUUACCAUGGCAGCAGGAUGCCCAGAUCAAUAAGACACACAGGACUCCAUCAAUUGACAUUGGAUAGUGUGUUCUUUACAGAAAGUUGACUUUAAUAUGGCUUUUAAAGAGCAAACUGAUUGCAUCCAUCUUGGGAUUUCUAAACAUAGUAGAAAGGCAAAUGUUGUAGGUUUAUCUUGGUGGAACUUUUUAAAACUUACUAAGCAUUCCACAAAGGAGUAAAAUGAAAACAAAACCUGACUUUUAUCUCAGUUGUUUGCUUGUGGCAAACACAUUUGUAAAGAGUGGCGAUGUUUUGUAUCCUUGACUUCUGCAUUUGUGUAUCUGUCUCAGGUCCUGGUUUACCUUCCCAUGGAGAAAUGUCUUCAUUUCUUAACAUUUCAUCGGUUAGGAGGAGUAGGCUUGCCUUACUCUUCUCCUCUAGUAUUGAUUUUAUUUUUGAAACUGAAGCCAUUUAGGAAGCCAGCCUGUGUCAAAAUUACGUGCAAACAAUCCUUGUAAUUGCAGUUUGAAAACUCAGUAACUGAAUAAAAACAUGCCUGGGGCUGUCUUUCUGGAUGAAGCCUGGGCACCGAGUCUCUGUACUUAGAAAUGUUGCGAUCGGGCCUGGAGGUAGAAUGGCUUUUCUGUAGAGGGUGACAGCUCCAUGAGGCCUGAAGAUGAGGUUGGUGGCCCAGGCUUGAGACUGCAUUGUGAUUUGUCAGUGCGCUUUAAAAUUCAAAUGGAAGACAGCAGGCUUGUGGCCCGUGGCCCGUGGUGCACGGGGCAGGCCUUCAGCAUCCCAGGUCAUCCUGCCUGUACUUGCUACUGCCCGUUGCAUACAGGGGUCCAUAUAGUAGUACCCUUGCUUUGGAGUGGGAACCAGAGCCUUUGGAAAGCUUGCGUUCCCAGGGCCAGCACUCAGGUCCCUUUAUUCCCCACGGGUGGGGCUAUCUAUCUAUCUCUCCUGGAGGAGUCCGUGGGCAAAUCACGCACAUUCAGAGCACCAACCAUCCCUGUGCCUUUACCUCUGACAGGGUUCAUAGCACGUGGUUUGACCCAGGUCGGAAACACCAGAGAUUCUGGGGCCGCCGGGGCCAGAGUAGCACCUACUUGCUCUGAGUUUUUGCAUCAAGCAUGCCUCAGAGUGCUCAGUUUGAUUUCGUAAAAACAAAACUAAAACUGUCCAUUCCCUAGAAAGAUACCAGCGGGAUACAAGCAGGAUAUAAGCGGGAUAUGAGAUCCUUACAUAGACUUGCAUGGCCCCCAUCCGACUCCUUUUGUUUCAGGGAGGGAUGCCAUCCCAUCGUUCGUGGGGAUGCAGUACGAACCAGGCUUGAUGUCAGACGUAAACAGAAUGUGGGAAGGUGGCCCGUGUUUUGGGUUUUGACCUUGCUGUCACUCCCAGUAAAACCUGGGGCUUUGAUGCUUAGGAGGUGGUCUUAAUUAGAAAUGACACAUUUACCAGUGGUUUUCAUGCAAACCCUCUGGAAGCACUCGCCUGUUUAUUCAUUUAGAGGCCUUUACAUCUGGGGAGGAGGAGAAGAAGAACACAGAGAUGGACCGUGGCAGACUCUGCCGUGUCCGGGUUGGGGUGGGGACGGAGGGUAUGGUUAUCUGGGUCCUUUGGUAACUGACCACACUGUCGGGUUUCACCGGCUGUGCCUGGUCUCUGAGCCUGACCCUGCCCUGCAUCCUUUAGCUUGGCCAGCUGAGCUUCUCCUUCGUCACAGGGAACCGGUGCCUUCCGAGGCGUCACUGUAGAUGUUCAUGUAGCAGAGACUGACCUAGGACCUGAGCAUGAACAGAACCUCUGUCCAAGUCAGUGCUUCUUCCACCCCGAGGAGGAGCUGCAGACUGAGGAACCAACACCUGCCCCCUCUGGCAUCUUUUUAAAGGGGAACACAUUCUCUUUACAGCAUAUUAUCCUGUAAAACCCCUUCAGGAGCCAGGCCAAUUCCCGGUUAGAACACAGGGCCCAGGGGGAAGGGGAUUAUCAGAUAUGCAAAAAUUGCUCCAAGAUGAUUUUUAUCUUUCUCUCCUACAUUACAAAAGUUCAGAGUUAUUUUGCAGAUUAGAAGAGAGCAUUUUCCCUUGGUCAUCUGUAAAAAAUGAGAGGAUUGGAAAGAACCAGGCUGGGGUUUUUGUCUAUUUCUCAGAUCCUCGAUGAAUAAAUCCUGCUGUAUAUAAAUCACAGUGAAAUCAGCAAGGGAAAACAUUUCGCAUGUAUAAAGCUUCCUGAAGAUCUCUCUACAAAAUACCAAAGCUGUGUUUUCCUUAUCAUUAACCCAAGCCCUUAUGAAAGUAAACAAAAUGAAGAGUUACGACUGGUAUUGUCAAAAAUGCCAGCUGGAAAGAAGGGGCUGCAUGAAGGCAGAGAGGCUGACGCGUCCUAACCAGGAGAGCCUGCUGCUUGCGUGUGUAAAGCGUGCGGUCUCCCCUCCUUGGUUUGCACAAUCUUGUCUUCCACGAUUCCAGCAGCCUUCAGGUAGGGGUAGGUACCCGACCUUUCCUUCAUUCCACGCUCAUUUUACCGUGGGUGUAUUUUAAUCUUGUAUAAAAAUAUGCAUGAAUGAGUCAUGCACAUGUACACAGUAUGUAUUUGACAAGUGGUGGUAAAAACAAACAACAAAAAAAACAAAAACAAGUUUGGUUUGUGUCUUUGAAAUGUCCGUACAUUUUGUGCCACUAACACUGUGAUGUAUAAAAGAGCUGUUUGAAUGCCUUUUAAUGUGGUGUUUUGUACUUUGGACUCGUAUGAAAAGUUUGAUUUGUACUUUCAAUACAUAUUUUAAGUGUAUUGUGUCUUAUGUAGUUUGUCCUCCCUUUAGAAGGGAUUUCUUUUUAAAGAUAUUUUGGCUGGAA